UAGCACUGGUGGGACCCGCAUUAAUCCAGCAAUUUAAAGGAGGAGGACAGCCAAUCUCUGGGAGGGAAGUAACGGCAGACGAGCAGCCUCAGACACCCACAGGCACCCAGUACCAAGAGCAUCAGUCCUGAGCGCAUAUGAGUAUUACAGCAGCUAGCCUCACUCUCUCUCUCACUUCUCUGUCCCCUUGACACUGCAGGGGUGAAUACUGAAUUCAGCAAGCGCUUCGCUCUCCCCCUCAUUCUGUUUUCACAGAGCUCUGCACAAUGCUCAGAUGAGAGAGGGAAAGACAGUGUGUUAGAGAGAGAGAGGCCAAGUUAAAGAGAGCCAAAGAGAGAGCGAGAGGGCAAGCGCAUUACAGAGAGUGAUUGAGGAGAAGACCAGAAAGAGAGCGUGUGCACGAGAUCGAAGAGUUUAUUGCAAUAGCAACUGGAUGUCUGGAUUACGCCGCUUUAAUCCUCAGGAGACUUUGUGGGACCUUUUGAAGGUGGUUCACUAAAAUUUCAAGCACCCCAGGAAUUCCAUGGAUGUUAGUUGUUCCAUUCCGUUGAAGCUUUGUGGAGUUCUUCAUAUUGGAUUCAUCGCUCCUUUGCCGUCACCAUAAAAGUCACCUGUAUCCAUCUUUGCACCUAAAGGUUGUUCCAAUGCUCAUGGGGAACUGUCUGCUGCUGUUUCUCUGGUGCCUCUUAGACAAAAGCUUCGUCUCUCCCCUCCACUCUUCAUCCCAGAGCAGGAUGGGGAAAGAGCAGCACAGGAACUUGAUGGCACAUAGGAAACACGGCAUGAUGGGAGUUCACAGAGUCAAGAGAGGAUGGGUGUGGAACCAGUUCUUUGUUCUGGAGGAAUACAUGGGUUCUGAUCCGCAGUAUGUUGGAAAGCUUCACUCUGACCUGGAUAAGGGAGAUAGUAUGGUGAAGUACACGCUCUCAGGUGAAGGAGUUGGCUCUAUUUUCACGAUCGAGCCAAGCACUGGAGACAUCCAUGCCUUAAGGAGCCUGGACCGAGAAGAGAAGCCUUAUUACACACUGAGAGCGCAGGCUGUGGACGUGCUCACAGGCAGACCCUUAGAGCCUGAGUCUGAGUUUAUUAUCAAAGUCCAGGACAUCAAUGACAAUGAGCCAAGGUUCCUGGAGGGCCCAUACUCGGCUACCGUCCCAGAGAUGUCACCCGUCGGCACAUAUGUGACGCAAAUAACCGCCACUGACGCUGAUGACCCUACUUAUGGAAACAGCGCACGGAUUGUGUACAGCAUCCUUCAUGGGCAGCCCUACUUCUCUGUUGACCCCAAGACAGGAAUCAUAAGAGUUGCCUUACCCAACAUGGAUAGGGAGGUUAAAGAAAUGUACCAGGUGGUCAUACAGGCUAAGGAUAUGGGUGGCCAGCUCGGAGGUUUAGCUGGGACCACGACCAUCAAUAUCACUCUCCGUGAUGUCAACGACAACCCACCACGGUUUUCUAAAAGUAUCUUUCACCUGCGCGUUCCUGAAUCUUCACCUGUGGGCUCGUCGGUGGGGAGAGUCAAAGCUCAUGAUCUGGACUCUGGAAAGAAUGCUGAAGUGGAAUAUAGCAUUGUUCCUGGUGACGGAGGCUCCAUGUUUGAUAUUUACAGCAAUAAGAACACUCAAGAGGGAACAGUCAUACUAAAAAAGCAUCUGGACUAUGAGACCAGAAAGGCCUACACCUUUAAAGUAGAAGCUUCAAACGCAGCUCUUGAUCAUCGAUUCCUACAUUUGGGACCUUUUAAGGACACUGCCACAGUGAAAGUGAAUGUUCUGGAUGUGGAGGAACCUCCUGUCUUCAGCCGGCUGUCUUAUAGAAUGGAGACAUACGAGGACACACCAGUGGGCAUCAUCGUCGGAGCCGUCACAGCUGAGGACCUAGAUGUAGGCAACAGUCCUGUUAGAUAUUCUGUUGAGUGGAGAAAGGACUCUGAAAACUGCUUUGACAUUGACCCUGUUGAAGGAACUCUGUCUGUCAGUGAAGCCCUGGACAGAGAGAGAAAUACAGAACACAACGUCACUGUUGUAGCAACAAAAGUUAACAACCCCCUGCUGUCCAGCAAAGUUACUGUCACAAUCAAAGUGCUGGAUGUCAAUGAAUUUCCUCCAGAACUUGCUUUUGUAUAUGAGACAUUUGUUUGUGAAAAUGCAAAAGUAGGACAGGUGAUUCAGAUCAUCAGCGCCACAGACAGAGACAUGCCCGCUGUCGAGCACCGAUUCUACUUCAUAUCCCCUUCACAGACCAGGAACAGAAACUUCACAAUCAGGGACUAUGGAAACAACACAGCUGGAGUGGUGACCAGGCGAGUGGGGUUCCGGAGACUGGAGCAGAGCAUGUACCUGGUGCCGGUCGUUGUGGAGGAUGGUGGGUAUCCGAUCCGAAGCAGCACUGGGACGGUGUCAGUGCGGGUGUGUACCUGCGACACAGACGGCUCCCUGUUUUCCUGCAAUGCGGAAGCCGUCUUCUUUCCCAUGGGACUCAGCACUGGAGCUCUAAUGGCCAUUCUGUUGUGCAUUGUCAUUCUGCUGGUGAUGGUGGUGCUCUAUAUGGGCCUGAGAAAACACAAGAAGAAGGACACUCUGAUGUCUUCUAAAGAGGACAUCCGGGACAAUGUGAUCCACUACGACGAUGAAGGGGGUGGGGAAGAGGACACCCAGGCCUUUGACAUAGGAACAUUACGCAAUCCCAAAGGCAUCAAAGAGACAGCGCAGCUGCAAAAAAUAAGAUCAGAGGAUGAGCCCAAUCAGGCUAGUGUGUGCAUGCCCAAUGAGGACAGCGAGGACAUCCGAGCUUACAUCCAUCACUGUCUUCUGGAGAACUCAACACCUCCGUAUGACUCUCUGGUCACGUAUGCAUAUGAGGGAGAGGGAUCGGUGGCCGCGUCUCUCAGUUCCAUUGAGUCCUGGGUGCUUGAGCCCAAGGAGGAAUACAGAAAUCUCUGUGACUGGGGUCCUCGCUUCAAAACACUGGCUGGGAUAUUUAAAGAGCAUGAGUGUAAGGACACAGAAAAGACGGAAAAUGAAGCACACACUGAGGCGCUAAAUGACAGACUGGACUGAGAGCAUUUCCAAAUGCUCACAGUUUAUUUAUUUCAGGCAUGGCACAUAAAGGAAUAGUUCAAUCUAAAAUGAUAAAAUGUCAUGUUGUUCCAAACCCGUUUGCCUUACUUUCUUCUGUGCAAUAGUUUAGCAAUAUAUGAACCAAAUGGCUUUCUGCUGGUCAAUGUGUAAAACCAUGUGAGCAGUUUGUAGCUGAAAUUUGCUGAAUAGGGUUAAAUAUGACCGCACCUUAACACAACCGACAUUUUAAAAAUGUCUAAAGAGUGUUUUUAGGUAUAUACAAUGAAAAUCAAUGGGGAUGAAAUAUUGUUUUGGGACCUACUGGCUUUGAUAUGGACAAAAAGUUUAAAACUUCACUGAACAACCGUAAAAGUCAACACAUCUUAACACAAUAGAAGACAUUUUAAAAAUGUCUUGAGUGUUUUUUUGUUUGUUUUUUGUCUAUACAGUAUAUACAAUAAAAGUCAAUGGGGACAAACUGUUGUUUUGGAUCACAUUGACUUAAAUGUGACUACCUUAACACAAAAUUUUGUGUUUUUUGUCUAGAUUAUAUGGACAAAACAGCUGAAACUUCACUGAACAACAGUAAAUGUCAACACAAAAUAAAAUAUUUUAAAGUUAAAGAUUUAGUCUAUGUAGUCUGUACAGUGAAAGUCAUUGGGGACAAACUAUUGGUUUGGACACUACUGAUUUAAAUGUGACUGUACCUUAACACAAAAUUUAGUGUUUUUUGUCUAUAUAGUCUAUACAAUGAAAGUGAUUGACUUUGAAUAUAUGAACACAAAAAAUUUUUUUCUUCUUCUUCUUCUUCCUGCAGAUUAAAGUCAGUCAAACAAGUUUGGCGUAAAUGACAGAAUUGUCAUUUUGGGGUGAAUUGUUUCUUUAAAUGAAGUUAUCGUCUAUGGCUAGGGAAAGACACUGACAAGGCUGGCUAUGUGCCUUUCCUAUACCUCAUGCAUAUUUUAAACUCUUCUGUUUACUAUUUAGGAAAAAACGUGCAACUGUAAUUUUUUCCGACUGCAUUUUAACAUCUGUUUUAUAUACUUCUGCAAGU